AUGCAGGGAAUAUCAGUUGUCUGUAGCUUAAAAGGGGAAUCUGCUGUUCCACAAAGCCCCAUUUGCUGGCUCAUGGACCAUCAUGGGUUUGGCUCCUUGGCCAUCCAUAAGCCUUUGCUAGAGGGAAAGGGAUUUCUCAAGAACUCUUCCCUUCCUCUUCAUUUUGCCCAGGUCAGAAUUACCAGGCUUGCUUCCACCAGUGCUUCUGCACAGCUCCUUAAGUUGUGCAUGCACUCUGCUCCCAUCCCAAAGCCCCAUAAGGCUUCUGCUCUUGUGGCCGCACAGUGGCCUCCUGUGGCUUGA